AUGAUCAGCGACGGCUGUGGAGCUGGAGGAUUCUGCAGCGGUCAGGGAACCGUCCUGGAGGUCAGGGCCAUCAGCUGUGAGGCUGUAGGAACGGGCUGUCGCCGUGACCCCUUGCUGCCUUUGAAGGCAACAAGGGGUCACGGCGACCUACUGGUAUCUGCUGAAUAUCUGCACAGGUACAGACUGUGGAGGACACAUGGGAGUCGACCCCCUCUCCUCCCCCUUCUUAACCCCCAUGUGUCCCCUCUGAGUGCAGUGCAGCUGACCCAGGCAAGAGCCAAGAGAGAGCAGGGGAUACGGGUGUAA